AUGGGGAAGCCCACAAAGCCCUUGGGUAAUGCCAAGCUGCCGAAUUUGAUGUCCAUCAUCUCCUCCCUCUGGCGGUAUCUGUGGACACUGGUGGACUCAGAACCGCAUCCUGUGCUACCUGAGACCUGCCACGUAUCCAGCUCCUCCACACAGGACUCCCCAGCCUUGAUACUGAAGAUCGAUCCACCACCUACAGAAAAGGACUGGAUGAGUCUAAUAAGGGCAUCGAUGAGAAAGGACCUAAGGAAGGUGACAACUUCUCCACAGACCUCCAUACUAGCUGAUUUGCAGCUCCUGCGCAAUGACCUGCAAGGUGUGAUGGAUAGAGUUGACAGAGUGUAG